UAUAGACGUUGUCUUUGCAGUCCAAUUAAUUAGCACUUCACGAUUCUCUGUUUUUUCCUGUUUGAAGCGCAGCUGGAACACUCAGCCCUGGCGUUUCGAAUCUCCAGCAUCAGCGCUUAACUGAAACGCGGACUGCCCGGAACAGAAGAGGGAAGUGAUCUCAGCGCGGCACAGCUGCUUCCUCUGGGCAUCAAGACCACCAAUACAACUUCUUCAGACACCGGACAGAGACGCCAUCGCUAUGAGGUAUUUUACCGCUUCGUAUUUGUCGCUCGCCAGUUCGGGUGUGCAAGCAGCUCUACUUCACAACUGGGCCACCGCUGGUACACCAUCAUGGAUACCGACAGAGACAGGCACCGCGAACAUUGCAGAUGGGACGACGGGUUGGUCUCCCAAGCCAACGAAGGCGCCAGGCUUCGUGUCUGAGCAAGACCAGGUCGUCGAACGCUUGCGGCGUCAGGCACUGACCGACACGACUCCCUGGGUGAAUGAUCACACCUGCGGAUGGGUUGCUCAAACUCCCUCUCGAGCGAUCGUCUGCGGGACAGACUUCACCUGCGCGACCAACAGCGACGACCUCGUGGCCUGCGUCUCGGGCACAUUCUCCCCUUUCUUCCGGGUAUGCAUGGACUUGAGUGCCGUGCAGCAAGGUCAAUGCGACGAUGUCGGCCCAGGGACCGGGUGCUGUAAUGAUCGCGCCUCACCAGCUUGCGCGACAUGGAUCUGGACGGGCAAGCCCGCGAGAUCACAAUACGGGUGUGCCGCCCGAUCAACGAUCUACAGCGUGAUGGAUAUACCACAAUUUGUGCUCGAUUCGCUCACCAGGUCAACGUCGUCAUCGACCAAGUCUUCCACGAUAGUGUCUUCGAAGCCGACAAACACGGUAGAACCGUCGACAGUUCAGACGAGCGCUGCGCCCACCGGUAGCAUCACUACGGGCGACAAUUUGACCGCCGGUACGCAGACAUCUACCACGACCAAUCUCGCGCCAAUCAUUGGUGGUGCAGUGGGGGGUCUGGCCGGCUUGAUCCUUCUGUUGCUCCUGCUGUGCUGCUGCAUGCGACGGAGGCGCAACAAGAAGAGCUCGAGUGUCACCAAGUCCAACACGAAGAACAAUACCACCGUCAACUAUUACACGUCCGAGGAGAACCAGUUCAACACGCGCAGCAAUACCUUCCACGGAGCUAAGGAGUCGCUGGAUGCUGCUGCUGCGGUGCGGGAGAAGCCGGUCGGCGGUGAUGGUGGCACGGGAGGCGGAGUCUCUGCGAUCUUCUGCUGUGCGGGCAGAUCUGGCAAGAAGGAGAAGAAGGUCGCAAAGAAAUCGUCCAGCAGGAACAACUCGGCAAACACUCAGCCGCAGCAUGGCGUGGAGGAGCACCACCACCAUCACCACUACCAUCUUGACCCGCACAGCAACCCGAGCGCGGCCAUGAGCACAGUCACGACAGCCCGCAACAGCGACGCCGGUAGUGGUCACGGUGUUGCUGGCAUCGGCAUGCAAGGCCGCAGCUUGUCCUUUGAAGCAACACAGCCGUACAAGGCUGUCGGUCCUCCGCCCCCUGGACACAGCCCGUACUCGCUGGCUGCCAUGCCGCAACCCGUGCAGAUGCCUGCGAUGCCUGCGAUGCCGGACCACUUCAGGCACAGUCCGCUCGGGAUCAUGAGUAACUAUCCUGUCCCAGCGCGGCCUGAGCUCGACUCUGGGCCCCCGGCGGUGUCGGUGCAGCCGCCCAUGCAGGUGAUCUAUCAUCAUCAUCAACAUCCGCACCAACUUCAGCCAGGCCAGUACCAGCCCCCCGUGGAAAGCAUUUACGGUAGCAUCCACGGCCCGAUCGUUCAUUCCUCGGACGGAUCAAUAAUAGCACAAGCACCGGCACCGGCACAGGUACCAUCAGCAGCGGUAGCUGGGCCAUCAUACCCGCAACCCCCUUUCACGAGCAGCGGAGCCGCCGCUGUCGCCGUUCCCCAACCAGUAACAGCAAUGCACACGGGCGUCACCGCCGUGGCGAGCCACCUGACUGGCAUCACGUCUUCAUCCUCGUCUUCUUCCAUAGCAUCGCCGCACUCUAGACUCGUCUCGCCGAGCCCGUUGUCGUCCACGGUGUCGACGGUGCCUUCGGUUCAUCAACAACACUACCACCAGCAGACGUUGGGAGGUGGUGUCGGUGGCGAUGCGGUGUAUCAUCCCCUGCAGGCACCUCCGCCAUCCCAGCAAUCCGCGAGGACUUCUGUAGCGGGUUUGCCCUUUGUAGGAGGAGCACAGAGUGUUCAGGACUCGCGACCACUACCGCAGCAGCUCGGACAGGUACAGCAGCAACAACAACAGCAUUGUUCCUGCUGUGAGGCUAAUAGCCACCACACCACGGGCAAUUAAUGACCUGCUCAAGGCUUUUCUACAUAGGAGAGAUGUUUGUCCGAAAAAAGACUUUUGGAAUAGGGUGGGGUGGCGUUGCAUGUAUGGGUUUCGAGGGUGUCUGCCAAGUCGCGACCAUUUUAUAUUUGCAUAGGACAUGCCUACAAACGGAGGCCAUGUGUAUGGGCGAGAACCAGCUUAAUAUCAAUUAUAUAUCCCUUA